AUGCCUGUUUUGAGGCAAAAGUUAUUGACCGAUUUUUUUCGCUUGCCAGAAAAGCCGAAAUCGAUCAACGGCGAAGCAGGACCGUCUGUUACUGUUGUUCCAGAAGAACAGGAUCACGACGAUAAACAGUGUGAAUCGGCGUCAUCAACAGAUCAAGAACAUCCAUCGGCCGGGCCACAGUAUGCUGUUCUUCGACGGAUUGUAAUUUUUGGGAAAGAAAAUAGAAAAAAACGUAAGCAUUUGGAUGAUUCGAACCAAAUGAUCCUGGAUGCUGGGCAAAAACUGUUUGGUCAUCAGUGCUGUAAUAAGUGCGGUAUGGUGUACGAUUGUGAUUCAUUGUCGGAUUGCAAGAAGCACAACGAGUUCCAUAAUCGUUUCAUUUCCACCGAAUGGUUUCGUGUAUCGGUUUCUCAAGUGGAUUCAUGGAAAAGAUCUGUUUUUUGUGUCGCUGAAGUGCUUAAUGGUGUUUAUAGCUGCAUAUUUCGUGUCACGCAAACAAACAAAUGUACGCUGAAAAAGCGCAUUGAACAGGUUUGA